ACUAAGAAAAGAAAAGUAAGAUGUGAACUGCGGCGAAAGUCGGCAAUGGCGCAUACAUUUUGACAAGUCUCUCAAUUUCAGCGUUUCCAGUUUGGUCCAAGGACAAUGUAUUAAGUAAUUUGGGGUCAUUUUUCGUUUUCAACUGAUUAAUUUAACGGACGAGAACAGACAAGAAAAAGCAAUGUCGAUGUUGCAUCUUCAAGAGGAGCCCCCCCAGCUCUCUGAGCUGAGACUGGUCCUUCUGGGAAAGAGGGGUGCUGGGAAGUCUGCUGCGGGGAACGCCAUAUUUGGGAAAGAUGAGUUCCGCGGGAAUGAAGGGGUGUCGUGUGUGAAGAGACAGGCGGAGGUGGCGGGAAGGAGCGUCACUGUUGUGGACACUCCAGGGUGGGACAGGGUCAGUGCCUUUCGCACGUCUGAACAGGUGAAACAGGAAAUGACCCGUAGUGCGUUCCUGUGUCCUCCGGGACCCCAUGCUGUCCUUCUGACCAUCCCUGUGGAGGAACUCCCGCAGAGGGAAAAGAAAUCGUUGAAGACCCACAUGCAGCUGCUGGGAGAGAGGAUCUGGAGACACACUUUAGUGCUGUUCACCUGCGAAGAGGAAAUGGAGAGGAGCGCCAUCGAGGAGCACAUCAGCAAAGAGAAGUCUCUGCAGUGGCUGGUGGAGCAGUGCGGCUACAGGUACCAUGUCCUGAACAUCGCCAAGGACUGCUCCCGCACCCAAGUCAUGGACCUGUUCGGGAAGAUCGAGCAGAUGGUGGCAGAAAACCGCGGCGAGGUCUACCUGCCCCAGGUUUACUAUGACAUCAUAGAGAGCGCAAGGCCAAAGGAAUACACUGAGCUGAGACAAGAAUAUGACCAGCGUGAACUGCAACUCAAACAGAGCUGGAGAAAAGAGGAAGAUGAGUAUAAGGCACAGAUUGAGAAGCUUAAGAAACAGGUUGACCAGCUAAACACAAGAGAAACAGAGAUUAAACCAAGGAAGAGGAGUGGCAGUCUUGACACCCCACCCGACGUGUCAGCAGAAAAAGCAGAGAAGAAGGAAGCGGAGGAUAGCGCAGGGCUGAGGGUGGACCUGGAGACCGUCAAACAGGGAUACAGAGAAGAGGCCAUGGCCAUUUUGCAGCACUAUGUCAAGCCUAUUCUAGUCUUUCUGGCGGCCAUAGUGGGUGCACUAUUGGGAUCCAUAGUGGGGUCGUUUAAAGGGCCUUAUGGGGCAGCUGUUGGUGUUCCCAUUGGUAUACUUGUAGCGCUUCUGCUAGCAUCGGUAGUGAGAACAGAGGCCAGAGCUGCGCGAGGUACUCCUCCUAGUGUGGGGACUUGCAGCAGCCCGAUUCAGAGAGAUCCACUACAGGGCACACUUUCCACUGCACACAGAUGAAGGGGGGGCUCAGACCAACACCAGCAAUAGACCAGAGGUGUGUGUGCAUGUGCAUGUGUGUGUAUGCGUGAGAUGUCGUUUAUUUUGUGAUUGUGUAAAUAGUGCCACAGAACCAAAAUCAAACUCUAUUUUAAAAAGUCAUACAGGUACACUUUACACCUCCCCAACCACCGACAACCUUUGAUCGUGGAAAGUGUGCUUGUAGAUACUUUGUGGCGACUACUUCAUUCUGAUAGUAAGGUUCAAUGUGAGUGAGGUUUAGAUUCAACAGGGCUGGCUGCAAUCAGGCCUGGCUGUGCUCAAUCAGUGGAAUGUAAUAAUCAAUUAAAUUUGGUUAAUUGGUUGAUUUAGUGACUGAGGGGGCAAUUACUUUUUCACAUGGGUGAUAUGGG